UUUGCUUUAAUUUCUAGCUAAGUUAUCAAAGAAAUUGGCUUAAAUGUUGGCUAUACGCAGCUCACAGAGAUUGAGCUUACGGUCUUUGCUGCCGGCUGUCUACAAAAACGUGGGAUUGGUCAACUGCUACUCCUCCUCGCAGUCCAAAGACGACGACGGCGGCUACUCCUCCUCUGACGAUGAAAAGCCCAGGAAAAAGGUACCCAAAAAGCCAGAGGAGACAGCCGCCCAACGCUUGAAUCGCCUGCUUGGCAGCAUGCAGGCCACAGACCAAAUGUCGGCUGCAGAUUUUCCCCGUCCUGGCGAUGCCAAUCGUCGCCGCAAGGAGGCCUUGAAGCAGGACGCUGCAUCAAAAAAUGUCCUAACGGCAGCCAAGAACAUUGCCAGCAUGCUGGGCACCAGCGAGAGUGACAAAAAGCAGACAGAAUCCGAGCUACUGGCCAAACUGCUGGGCCAUGGUCCAGAAGCUCCGCCAUCGGCGUCGGGCGAAGCACAGACGGCAGAUCCGGCAGCCGGCGGAGGAGGUGCCCCAGAGAAGGAGCUUAAUCUGAGCCAACUUAUUGUGGGCAUGAAAAUCGAUCGUCGCCAGCAGCCGCAGCAGACGGAGCAGACGCGUGGGGAGUACGUGCGACGCACCUUGGCCUCGCGCCCGAAGCAUUCGGAUCGAUAUCAACAGCGCCCGCAGAGGCACACAAAGCGCGAAGCCGAAUCCUUCACGGGCAGCGUCAAUCUGUUUGGCGGCGAGCCUCUGGGCAUCUUCAAGGAACCCCUGCCGAUCUCAGACGACAUUCUCUCCACCUGGUCGCAGCUGAGCGAGCGCGAGCUCAGUCUUCAUGCCGCCCAUCCGCCGGCAAACUACUUCGAGCAGAUGGUCCUGUGGACGGAGCAGGGCAAGGUCUGGCGCUUCCCCAUUGACAACGAGCAGGAUUGGGGGGAUGAAGUGAAUGUGGACUUCUCGGAGCACAUCUUUCUCGACCAGCAUCUGGAGGGGUGGUGUCCCAGCCGGGGACCCAUUCGGCAUUUCAUGGAGCUCGUCUGCGUGGGUCUCUCCAAGAAUCCCUACGUGACGGCCCAGGAAAAGAAGGAUCACAUUCUGUGGUUCCGCGACUACUUCGAGGCCAAGAAGGACAUCCUCAAGGACCUGAUGGACAAGGAGCCCAGCAGCAAGAGCAAGAGUAUUUCCGCUUAAACAAGGCAUGGCUUGAGGCCGGCGUAUUGGUGGAAUAUUUGUUAAAAAUAUAUAUUUUCUUCUUUAUAAGACGAUCGAUAUCGAUAUAUAGAAGAGAUAUUUGUGUAGA